AUGGCCUUGUGCUUGUUGAUAUUGUCUCUCACAAAAUGCUCCAUUCUUGCCCUCGUACUGCGCAUCAUCGGCACAAGAACAGGAAAGAGCCGAUCGUUCUGCGUUGGCUUGACGUGUCUCAGCGCCAUAUGGGGGAUCGGAUCAGCAGUUGGAAUACUGGUCAACUGUCGUGGCGAUACAGCACUGACGCCCAAGAACCUCGAGCAAUGUCCGAGCCAGAACUCUCGCUGGGCCGCCAUUACAGCUAUCGACAUCGCCACCGAAGUUAUGUCGUGGUUCCUCGUCGUUCUUCUGUCCUCGACGGUUGCCAUGUCCUUCAAACGGAAUUGCCAAGUCGUCCUGGCCUUCUCCUUCCGACUGCCGCUCAUCAUUCUCUCGGCCAUCCACUAUGUACAUGUCACACGAUACCCGCCCUCUGCCGAGCCUCAGUUUGCCGCUACGAACAGUAUCCUUUCCCUUCAGGUCAUGGUGCUCUGGUCCUUCAUAUCCGCCACGCUCCCCAAUCUGAAGAACUUCAUGAAGCCCUUCUCCAUCGGCAUGGGGCUACCCGUUACGUUCGAUAUUACUGGCUACGGGUCCGGCAACAUUGCUCGGGAGCCAGGCCUAAAUGCGCCGCUUGUGUCAGAAACCACUCAAAAUGCAGCUAUCAAUCCCUCUCAUCCGCCGAGACAAAUUCCCAAGCCCUCAGGCGCCGUCUGA